AUGUCACGCUCCUUCUAUGUCGACUCGCUCAUCAUCAAGGACUCCUCGCGGCCCGCUCCCUCGCUGCCGGAGCCGCACCCCGGGCCGGAUUUCUUCAUCCCGCUGGGCGUGCCGUCCCCGUUGAUGAUGUCCGUGUCCGGGCCGGGCUGCCCGUCCCGCAAGAGCGGUGGGUUCUGCGUGUGUCCGCUCUGCGUCACUUCGCACCUGCACCCGUCCCGCGGGCCUGCGGGCGGCGGCGGGGGCACUGGAGCUGGGGGCGGCGGUGGAGCGACAGGGGCAGCGGGGACUCUGCCCCUGCUCAAGAGCCAGUUCUCUCCGGGUCCCGGCAUCUCUCCGGAUGCGCAGUUUUGCCCGCGGGUGAACCACGCGCACCAUCAUCACCACCACCAACCCCAACAGUCCGGCUCGGCCGCAGCGGCGGCAGCGGCAGCAGCAGCCCUGGGGCACCCGCCGUACCACGCACCUGUCUGCGCUGGCAGCACCUACAACGUAGCUGAUCCGCGAAGAUUCCACUGCCUCGCCAUGGGAGGUCCGGACACCAGCCAGGUGCCCAACGGCAAGAGGGUAAGAACGGCAUUCACCAGCACGCAGCUCCUGGAGCUGGAGCGCGAGUUCUCCUCCAACAUGUACCUGUCGCGGCUGCGGAGGAUCGAGAUCGCCACGUACCUGAACCUGUCGGAGAAGCAGGUGAAGAUCUGGUUCCAGAACCGCCGCGUGAAGCACAAGAAGGAGGGCAAGCGCACUCAGAGGAGCAGUCACGCGGGCUGCCAGUGCGUCAGCAGCCAGGCGCACUACGGCCGCUCAGAGGACGAGGACUCCCUGUCGCCAGCCUCGGCCAACGACGACAAGGAGAUCUCCCCCUUGUGA